CGGAGUGCGCACGUACGUGUGUGGGCGGUAUUAUUAGCUCCUAUCGUGCGAGAAGAGACACAAGAUCGACUGAUCGAAAGCACGUUGUUGGAGCGUGAUCCAAAAAAUGCCUACAUGCGGCAACUGUCGACAAGAAGUGGACUUCUAUGAGCAUGGGGGACUAUUUUAUUGUAACGAAUGUGACACUCAGUCACAGGUCAUGCGCGUCAUUGAAAAGGACGAUGACUUCACCGACUUACAUGGCCUCUCUCAUGCCCACAUGUACUCCACAAAGAAGAGUAAAAAGAUGGUGACCAAAGAUGAAACAGAUGCUGAAGAGCAGCAGGAGCAGUCUUGGUGGUCAGCUGAGCUGUAUCAGGCCAUCUUGAAAGCACAGGUCAAGGCCUUGCUCGCCAUGGGAUUCCCAUCAAAACUGGACGAGAUAGUGAUGCAGCUGUGGUUCCGCUACUUGAGCAAGUCGGGUACGGCCUUCUGCAAGACUCCCAAAGCAGCCAAUGUAAGUGAAGACGUGCAGGGGGAGAUAGACAAGGAGGACCAGGAGGAAGAUACUUCCAAGAGGCCGCCAUGGAAGAAAGGCAAGCGCAACAGGAAGUUGCUCUGCAAGGAUGACUGGCUGCAUCGCAGUGAGAAGGGAACCAUUGUCACCAACGCCAUCCAGAGGUCACACACUGACAAAAUCCGGCUGAGCCUGUGGAACAGUGUAUGCUUCAUGUACAUGGGACUACAGGCAUUGAAGGAGCAUGUGCUGCUGUCUGACCUGCUGAGAUGGGUUCGUGAAGGUCAUCUCCCAUUAAGGUCAACCGCUGACGUCAUUCCAGAGCACAUCUCCAAGACUUUGAGCAUCAAAGAUAUUGGGAGGUUCUGUAAUCCGUUGGUGUUCAUGCCCGACGUCAACUAUGUGUUUAGCCUCCUCAAGGAAUUAUCUGCCAAGUUGGAUGUUACGCCGCAAAGCUUGAGCUCAACAGAGAUGAGCUUCAUCAUAUUCAGGGUGAUCCACACCCUCAAUCUACCAAAUGAGUUAUGUCAGUGUGUCCAUCGUUUGCAUCUCCAGGUUCCAUUGUUCACGUUGGAAACGGCUCUGUCGAAAGGCAGUCCUGCAAGUCCAGAAUGUCUGGCUCUGACCUAUGUCGUAGUCACUCUCAAGCUGCUGUUUCGUCUGGACGACUGCAAUGAACAUUUAUUGUCCUCCAGGACCCAAAAGUUGCAACCUCUUUUCCCUGACGACAUUCACUUGUUCAACUGGGAUGUUUGGUUGGAGGUACAGAAAUUACGGGUCCAACAGAAGCUAAGCCAAGAAGGCUUCAUUCAGAAUCCAAGUGAUAUAGAAAAGGUCCGCAACAUGGCAGGCUUUGUACAGCACUUCAACAACUUCUACCAAGUGGAACAGGUUAACAAACACUUGCAUGCUGUGGACAAAACACAGAUUAGACGUCAAGAAAAGCUGAAGGAAUAUCAGCGGCCAUUCCGUACCCUACUCAAGGAAUCGAACUCAUCGCAUCUGUCUCACUCGGCUCCCAGCAGUUUUGCUGUUGCUAGACCCACUCUGCAGUCAGUACCCUCAAACCUGCCUGAACACACGUCCCCAAAAGAGACCAGUGACCAGCCACAACCAGUGACCAGACUGGCCACAAGCUUGAACUGGGUCCUGAGGGACGACUUACUCAGUGAGGACUUCUCAAGCCACACCCUGAGUCAUCUAACUAAUCUAAAGGCGCUCUGCGAGCAGUGUAUUGUCCCACCAAAGAGUGUCUUUGAGGCGCUAGACCUCCCCGAGAAGAGCGACCAGAGUGAGCUGUGGUCAUGGAGAAAAGAUUCCGCUAAGCUGCAUCCAAAAAAGCCAAAAAGCAAACGUUUGAGACAACAGAUUGGCAAGGCUGAUGAGGAAAAGGAAUGCGGCUGUGAAAAAAGUGAAGCAGAUGAAGAUGAAGUAUUGACCAACUCCUGUGAGGAGGAUGGACAUGGAGAGAUGCACCACUACCUCAGAGACAUGGGCCUGGUCAGCCUGAACACAUCUUAUGUGACGUACCCAACUUGCUCCAAGUCAAUUAAAAAAAUGAAGCCAGAGCAUCAAAUGGACUGCUUCCACAAAUCAAUGGCCUGGUUGUUGGACUUGUGUGGUCAGUUGUGGGAGCUCAGGCCAAAAGACAUCUCCCUGUGUGUCCUCAAACUGGAGAACAUAUUAUUCCAAAAAUGAAGAAGCAGCUAGUUGUUCGAUUCAUCAUAGCAGAGAUCGACAAACUAACAGUAUUCCAGUUUAUGCAUUGCAACAGAUAAAAACUCAAAUUAGUAUCAUUAAAUUGAAAGGUUAGGUCAUCCAGAGUGCAAAAGGCCUGUCUGAACUGCAUGUAAUUUUAUUACUGUUGAAAGAGCUGAGAAGUUCUUUUUUUUAAAGCUGUUAACAGAUUUUAAUUUUGUUGAGUGCACAAAACAUUGUCUUGAGUAAUUGGAAUCAUUCACUCAUAGGAAAGAGUAGUCAGACCUAUCUAAUCUGGAUUCAUGAGAUCCAGUUUUAAGUCAAGUGUAUUCCUUGUGAAUAUUAUUGGAAAUAUUGAGUCAUAUUAAAAAGCAAAAUUGAAUGUUAAAGUCA